UUAGCAAGGACAUUCCACCCUAAUCUCCACUUAUGUAUUUGAAAACUUAUUAAAUUGAGAGCACUUUCUGUAUAUAUAAUUGAAUGACAAAUUAAUCUCACAAUUUAUUAUUAAAAAUAACUUUUUGUGCAUAAAAAGUACACAUUUUCGAUAAGAAACUGAGUGUAUAUUAAGUGUAAAAUAAAAUUGUGCUCAUAUCCGGUACUGUGCUUGGUUCUUUAUAGAUUUUAGUAAUUGUUAGUCAAAACCUAUUGGAACUACUCUUAGGCGAAGAUAUGGUGAAGGCGUGGUAUAUGAAUGACAACGACUCGGAGGACCAGAGAAGUGAACGACAUUUAAGUCCUCAACGAUUCGUAUCAUUGGAUGAGUUGAGCGAAAAGAGCGGUGUUUUGUAUUAUGCGAUCAAUGCCGACGACUACGAGGCGGAGGGAAAGUUGGCGACAAUCCGGGCCGAGAGGGGCUACACCUACUCGGACUCACUGGAGUGUUGCCCCGAAAAGCUGGACAACUAUUUGGAGAAAAUAAAGUCA